AAAAUCUAAAAUUUAGUCUGAUUCUGAGUUUACAAAUCAAAAACAGUAUCUUUCUCUGGGUGGCAAUUGUCAAACGCUAAAGCGGCCGCCAAACCAAAUGCUCACGUAUCAUGUGCUCCACAUCUCUCCUCUACAGCGCCCUGAACCCCAUCGUCACUUCACACUUCCCACAUUCAACUCCAGAAACCCAUCAAAGUUCCUCCACUCCACGCCCCUUGAAUCUCAUCAUUAUGCCAAGAGAACACGUUGCGAUUCAAGGUUGUUUCUGGGUUCUUCGUGUUCGAAUUCACCGGUCCCGUUCUCUCCCGAAGAUGACAUCGACGUUGAAUUGGGAAGGUUGUUGGCGCUGUUGCCGUCGGAGAUGUGCCGGAGAAUCAGCGAGCAUUCAGAGCUCCACCAGUUGAUUGAAGUGGUUAUGGAUCUGGGUCGCGAGCCUUUGGCUCGGUUUCCGUCGGGAGACUUCGUUUUGUCGGAUCAUCCUAUCACAGUGGACGACCUUGGACGUGCUACUUCAAUGGUUGGUGAUUUUGCCAUUGAUAAUCGAGCAGGCAUUAGCAGAACCUUACACCGUAUUAGUGCUAUAAGAAAUCGCAAGGGUGCAAUUAUUGGUUUAACUUGUCGUGUUGGUCGAGCUGUACCAGGAAGUGCCAAUUUGUUGCGGGAUUUGGUUAAAGAUGGGGCUUCUUUGUUGCUUAUUGGACCUCCAGGAGUAGGCAAAACAACAAUCAUCAGGGACAUUGCUCGGAUGCUUGCAAAUGAUUAUAAGAGACGUGUGAUGAUUGUUGACACUUCAAAUGAAAUAGGAGGUGAUGGUGACAUACCUCAUGCUGGAAUUGGUAAUGCUCGCCGGAUGCAAGUCCCUCACGCUGAUAUGCAACAUGAGGUGUUGAUUGAAGCAGUUGAAAACCAUAUGCCACAAGUGAUUGUAAUUGAUGAAAUAAGCACAAAACUUGAAGCGAUGACUGCAAGUACAAUUGCACAACGUGGAAUUCAGCUAGUUGCCUCUGCUCAUGGAGUAACAAUAGAGAAUUUAAUAAUGAAUCCUUCACUGGAGAUGCUCGUUGGAGGGAUACAGAGUGUGACACUAGGGGAUGAAGAGGCAAGUCGGAGGAGAGUUCAGAAAACUGUGCUGGAGAGGAAGGGACCAUCAACUUUUAGUUGUGGUGUGGAGAUAGUUUCAAAGAAUGAGCUGCGAGUCCAUCGUUACUUAGAAGCAACGGUGGAUGCUAUUCUUUCUGGCCGCUCUCCGUUCUUUGAAGUACGCAAGAUAAACCAGGGAUCAGAAGAUGGAACUGUUGAAAACAAACCUCCCGUUGAUGAUUCUCUGAAUCAGGAAAAUAAAAGUGCGAUUGAAGAUAUUCAACAAAUGAAUGAUGAGGGUCCUAGUCAUAAUGAAUUCACUUCUGAAAUACCUCAAAUCAUGCAAGAAGAUUUGUAUGAAGAUGGCGCCCCUCUUCGCUUGUUUAUUUAUGGGAUCCUGGAAACAAGUGUGAUGCAAGGGAUUAAACAACUAAAGAUGGAUGAUGAGAUCAAAAUUACCGAUAACAUCAGUGAAGCAGAUGCACUACUUGCCUUGCAAUCCAAGCUCAAGAAGAAUUCUCGAAUUCAAGCUGCAGCUAGAUCUCAUGGCAUACCAAUUUAUGUCACAAAGACAAGUUCAUUAACACAGUUAACAAAAGCCAUGCGGGCAUUAAUUGCCGACAGGGCAGAUGGUUUCAAGGAUUAUGAGUCAGAAGAUAAAAUAAACGUCUCUGAGAAGAUUGAUGCCUUGGAGGAGGCCAGGGUAGCCAUUGAGAAAGUAGUAAUUCCAAAGGGGGAACCCGUGGAGUUACUCCCUAGGCCAUCCAACAUCCUGUUGCUUCAGAAGGACCUCGCCCGUAAGUACAACUUAAAAUCGGUGAGAGUUGGUACAGAGCCAGACAUACGGCUCCGUAUCCUUCCAUUGCAGACUAUGGAGGAUGAAGACAGCCGUGACAGUGAUAGAGUUGAUGCCUGUAGGGCGUUUGAUGACUUAUUCAGGCCCAGUGCCGAAACAAAUGGCUCGACCUUCGUUGUUGAUAGAUUGCCCCUCCUGCCUGAUUAGUGAGUGUAUGCUCUCUAUAUCUCAUAGUGAUUCAGAAUAGCUAUUUGUGGAACUCUUGCCUGUGUUGAUGCUAAUCUGCUAUCCUUCAUACUCCAUAUGGCUGUGUCCAUCUCUUUCCUAUUACAGGAAACUACUGUAAAUCUGUAUAGUCUUCUGUAGAGAAAAUACUGCUGCAACCUUUUAGCUAGAAAUUGAAAUAACCAGUACAUUUACAAGUCUUGAAUUUAUUUUGUUGUGAUUUGUUGCUAUUGGGAGAAUGCAAUUGAUG